UUAGGAGAAUGAAUAGUCGUACUUCUAAUUAACAGCUCUUUUCCCUCCAAAACCUCUCGAUCUUCUUCCUCCUCAUCUCUCAUAAAACCCCCUCAAAAUUUCCCGGCAAAAAAAAAACUCCUCAACAUAAAAAAAAAUGAGGAUAGCAGAGAUAAGCUCUCCAGAUAUUCGCAAACAAGACUCAAUCUCUCAUACUCUUCAACAAAUCGAAUCCAUCGUCAAACAAUCCGAGCAUCUCUCCCCCAAAUCAUCUCCUUCACCUUCCACUCUCUCUCCUCAUCUUCGCCAAUGCAUAACUCAACUGAGUCAACUCGCUCCUUCCUCCUUCUCAAACUCAGUCAAGCUUCAGCUAUGGAAGCUCAGUUACCGUCUCUGGAACUCCUGCGUCGAUCUCACAAACUCCGGCGUCAAAGGACACGUGGAGCUUCGUCAUUCGGCAGCCGACAUGCUCGCAAUCGCCGGAGAUGUCGCCGGAGUUCCUUCUCCGGCGAUGAAGGCGGCGUCGUUUUAUUAUAAGACUGGUUUGAUUUGGCAUGAGAUGAGGAAUUUUGAAUUCGCGAAUGAUUGUUAUGAGAAAGCGACGGAUCUUGUUGCGAAGGUUGAAAUUGAGUCGAUUUCUGACCUAGGAGAGAGAAAAUUGCUGUUAGAUAUUAAUGUAGCGAGGUCGAGAACUGCGUGGGAGGUUUCGGAUCGAAACGUUUCGAUUACGCUGUUGAAUCGUUCGAAGAAGUUUUUAUUUGAAACAGCGGAGAAUUUUAGGGUUCUUGCGGAGCAGUAUUUGGCGUUUGGGAAAAAUAUGUUGAUGAAAAGUGAACAUUGUGAAGGAAUGGAAGCGUUGAAGUUGAUGAACGAGGGAUUGGAGUUGUGUGAGAGAGGGCUUAGAGUGGUGAAGAAGAUGGAUGAAACGAUGAGUUUAAAGAGUUUGAGGGACAAAACGCUGCGUUUUAUAGCUGCUUUGCAUUUGCAGAGGGAGGAGUUUGAGAGUGUGGUGAAAUGUGUGAGGGUUUUAAGAGAGCAUGGUGGUGUGAAGAGUGGUGAUCAGCACCCGAGUUUGAGUGUUUUAGCAAUGAAGGCAUGGUUGGGGUUAGGAAGGUUUAGUGAGGCAGAGAAAGAGUUGAGGGAUAUGGUUGUAAAUAAGGGGGUACCUGAGGGUAUAUGGGUUUCAGCAGUGGAGGCGUAUUUUAAGGCGGUUGGUGUGGCGGCUGUUGAGACGGUAAAGAGUGUUUUUAUGGGGUUGUUAACGAGGUGUCAGGUUAGUGCUUGUGCAGCUGUAAGAGUGAUUUAUAGGGUGAUAGGGGAGGGUGGUGGCGGUGGUGGUGGGGGCGGAGAAGGGUUAAGGAUUAGAGAGAUAAUGGCGGAGGAGUUAGUGAGUGAUGAGAGGGUGGUGGAAUUAUUUGCUGGAGAGGAAGCUGCUAAGGAGAGAACUGCUUUACAUGCUGUCCUGUGGAAUUGUGCUGCAGCUCAUUUUCGGUCAAAGGAUUAUGUGAUAAGUGCAGGGUUAUUUGAAAAGGCUAUGCUUUAUGUACCUAGUGGCAUAGAGAACAGAAUUCUACGAGCAAAGGGUUACAGAGUUCUGUGUCUAUGCCACCUAGGUCUCUCCCAGCUUGAUCAAGCUAAGGAAUACAUUGAUGAGGCUGAGAAGCUAGAGCCGAAUAUAGCCUGUGCAUUCCUAAAGUUCAAGAUAUAUCUGCAAAAGAACGAUCAUGCUGCUGCCAUAACUCAGAUGAAAGCAAUGAUGACCUGCACUGACUUCACUACAGCUUUUCUUUCGCUAUCAGCACAUGAAGCUGUUGCAUGUCGUGCACUUCCAGUUGCUAUUGCCUCUUUGUAUGAGCUUCUUAACUUCUACACGUCAGGGAAAUCAAUGCCAGUUGCUGAAGUAGUUGUGCUCCGCACCAUUCUUGUAAUCCUUAUUCAAGAAUCUGGUCAAGAGCUUGAAGUCCUGAAAUAUAUGCAGAAAGCUCAAGCUAGGAUAACUGAGCUAGGACCUGAUAAUUUCUUUGGGAAAGGAGAGCUUGGGAGACGAGAACGAAAUUGGAUUGCAGCAAAUGCAUGGAAUAUAGGGACACGAGCAGCAGUGGAGAAAAACUACGAAUUAUGUGCAGAAUUUUUGAGUUUGGCAGCUGAUUUUUAUAAUGUCAAGUUUGACGGGGAAGCAGAAGGACACAAUAUGAUGGCUUGCAAAUCAGUUGUCCUGGCUGUUUCAGCCAUGAUAGCCACUGAGAAGCAAACAAAGGUUGCACUAUCAGAUGCACAGGUGAAGAAAGCCAUAGAACGGUUGGAUAGAGUUGGAAAGUUGGUAGAAGCAGCAUCAACUGCGAAAAAUCACGCAGACUGUCAAGACGGCAUGCUUGAUCCCAAACUCCAUAUUAUAUACACAUUGAACGCAUAUGACUUAUAUGGAAGGAGUAAAAAUUCAAGAUCGCAGCAGCUCCUUGUGAACAACUAUGUGAAUUCAACCAUCUGCAAUCCAAAGAAUCUUCUUCAGAUUGGCUUAACUGCCUCACAAGGUUCCCAACUAAAUGCUGAAGUAGCAACAUAUGCUCUGAAUUCUUGCCUCUCUGCUCUACUUGCUUCACCUCUACCAGAUUAUAACGACGUGGCUCUUGUUAUAAGACGGCUGAUUACUGUAGCUGUGGUUUACAAGGGUGAUGCUGAUGAUGAGGUGGUGUACAAUCUAUACAAACAGGCACAUCGAAUAAUGGUGGGACUCAGAGACGGCGAGUACCCUGUUGCCGAGGGAAAAUGGCUUGCUACCACAUCUUGGAAUAGAGCAGCAGUCCCUGUGAGGCUUGGUCAGGUCGAUGGGGCAAAAAAAUGGAUGAGUUUGGGGUUGGAACUUGCGAAGAAGGUCCCAGGAAUGGAAACUUAUAAGGCAUGUAUGGAAGACUACAUUGCUGGGUUUGAAAAGAAACUUCAAGAGGAUGAUGAAAGGAGGCGCAAGCUUUAAUUGGUGAAUGACAAAGAGCAAAAAAAAUGACAUGAUACUCUGUACAAAUGCGAAAGGUAGAAUACAGGUAAUAGAAGAAAAAACACCAGAAGCUGGAAAUGUGAAUAUAUGUUACUGUAGUGCUUGUUUGCUUGCCAUUAACGAAACCUGUGGAAAAUGAUUGGCAUGACAUGAGAAUUGCAUAAACAAACUAAUUGAAUUGAACGAUGUACAUAGAAGAAAUGCAUUUUCUGCACACAGUCCUGUUUUUUUUACAAUGUGUAGUAUGGUCAGGUGAGAAAAGUCGAAAACAGGUUCAAUAUCCAAAGCACCCUUAUGGCAAGGAACUUUCAGCCUU